GUUCACUUCGAAAAUUGUACGAAGAGUAAUGAAACAUUUCGGAAAUGUUUCACAUGAACAUACAAGUUUGAGUUGCUUUGUUUACAAACAAUUUCACUGCGCGAUGCUUACUGCAGUUGCACCGAAUUAUGGAUUCGACGGUUAUUAAAGAUUUAGUGCUGAAUGUGGACAAACCGGUAGUGCUGCGGAACCUGCAGCUUCCUUGGAACUGUUUCGAUGUUCCGUUCGAAGAGUGGCUUGGAUAUCUUGACAAGGAAGAAGAUGAAAUCACGUUCGAGUGUGGCUCCAAGCUAAACGGGUCACGACCUCAAUGGGAACGAACCCGCAGUAAGGCGCGGAUGACCAUGGCUGAGUUCUUCGUGAACGCAACCACCGGCCAAGGUCACUUCCGCGAGAACUGGGCUUCGUACAGCUAUCGAAGCGUUGGGGAACUUCGGGAGAUUUGCCGAACCGGGAUCGACUUUAGUGCGUUUGGCUUUCCGGAGAUUCGCGAGGAUGUUUCGUUUUGGAUCGGAUCCGAGGGGGCGCACACUCCUUGCCAUUACGAUACGUACGGGUGUAACAUUGUUGUGCAGGUUCGCGGUCGGAAACGGUGGCUGUUGUUUCCACCGGACGCGAAGCUGUCGCCGACCAGGGUUCCGUACGAGGAGUCCAGCGUGUACUGCGAGGAGAACUUUUACUCGCCGGAGGCGUAUUCUAGUGUUAUCGGGAUGGAGAACGAUGCGUAUCAUGUGGUUCUGGAACCAGGAACGGCACUGAUAAUUCCUCCAAAAUGGUGGCAUUUUGUCGAAAACUUGGAGCCUUCGCUGAAUUUCAACACGUGGAUUCAGUUGGAAACCGACACGGAAGAGCAGAUUUCAGAGUGCAUCACUCGUCAGAUCAUCCAGGAUUACUCGGAGAGUUUAACACCGGAAUGCUUGCGCUACGCCAUAAACCCUAACGAGCUCGCCGAACUCGAUUCUUCGUCCCAGCAAGACCUGCAAACGACCCUAGAAUACCUUCUGAACCAAAAGACCACAAUCAAACGAAGCCGUUUAGCAUCGGAGCGACACUCUUCGAAUUACCUUCCCCAAGAAAAACUCAAGCAUCUCUUGAAGACGCACGCAGAUCACGCAAGUUUCGUGCCUAAAUUGAACAGUUGGGAGUUCUUCAGCCUUAUGAAACGGAACAGUUUGCGGUACGAUCCUGCCAGAAACGGGACCAGCGACGAAGAAGAGAACAAUCGGCAAGCCGGUCGAAGUAUCAACGCAGCGUGUCGACCCCAAGUGAUCGAGUUGAUAAAGGCUUGUCUGCUGGAGAGAGGAAAUAGUCCGGUUUAGCUUUGUAUCCGUUUUAUUUAAAUUGGUUUAAAUGAUAAAUUGUACAAAACACGUUAACUACGUAGCUGGAUUAAAAAAUAUGAAAUUCCUAGUGUAUUGAUAAUGAUAGCUAAUGCGCUUAGUUUAUAUAUUAGAGUUUAUAGUCAUUGUUGCGUCCCUUCCGUUCCGCUGCAUUCCGCUGGACCUCACUUUCUUCGCGCGGGUUCGAUAAGUUAGAAUGAUUACAGUAUAAUAAGAAGCACACUAGUCUACUUAAAACUCGAGCCGUCCCGCACUCCUACGGAAACUAGAUGAAGACCUGCUCGGAGGCGAGCGCCUCGGUAAACGGCUUCACGAUCACGCUGGUGGCGAAGCAGAA